AUGUUCCAAUUGGCUACGCAAACCUCUCGCCAGGCCCUUCGCUCGGCCGUCCGUUCCUACUCCACAGUCACUGCUGCUCCUAAAAAAGUUGGCGCCUUCAGAGGUGGAUUGGUGGGCUUUUUGUUGGGUGUCACUGUCACGGGUGGUGCCUCCUACUACUACUUGUUGGAUGAAUAUACCAAAGCCAACAAUGCCCUUUUAGUCGACCUUUUCAGUUUGAAAGAGACCGUCGAGAACUUGGAGACCCAUGUCAAGAAGUUGGAGUCGCAGAAGUAG